GCAAAAAUCAUCCAACACAACCUGGCUGAAGGCACUGUUCAGCCUUGACGGCACUGGAAGCGACGGGUCAGCAGAAUUUUGAAUCAGCCACAGACUCCGUCAUACCUGAGAUGAGGCAGUGAUGGCUCCAUAGCUUUGAAGAAAAGCCUAUGAUAUUUGUUGCUGAAGGCGCAAGUUGUCCAAGGGAUGGUUCCAAGCAAGGGUGAUGAAUGGAUGCCAAGAGCCAUGGAGCUUGUGAGAAUGUCUCGAUUAGCUAACUUUGUCUCCUUUCAAGUUACCUUUUUAUGUGUGUUUUUGUGCUGGGAUGUCCUUAGUCGGGCCCUACCCAUCGCUCCUGAUUAUUUGCAGCGUGGCUGGCAGAGGCUUCUGGAGGAAGGAGAGAGCUGCAUGGAAUGCAGAUUGGAGGACUGUCCCACGCCACGUGGCUGCCUUGCUGGGGUGGUGCUGGAUGCUUGUGACUGCUGUUGGGAGUGUGCCAACCUGGAAGGACAGAUUUGUGAUUUGGACAAUACCAACCACUUCUAUGGCAAGUGUGGGGAUCACUUAGAAUGCCGCCUUGAAUCCGGGGAGCUGCAACAUGGUGAGGUGCCCGAGCCUCAGUGUACUUGCAUUUCCAGCCAGGCUGUCUGCGGGUCUGACGGCAAAACCUAUGCCCAAAUCUGCAAAUUCCAAGAGAUGCGUAACUCCCACCCAGAGACUAAUCUCACCGUGGCCCAUGAAGGCCCCUGUGAAUCAGAGCCCCACAUUGUAUCUCCUCCUUAUGACAUCUGGAACGUUACUGGGCAAGAUGUGAUCUUUGGCUGUGAGGUCUUUGCCUACCCUAUGGCAUCUAUUGAAUGGAGGAAGGAGGGACUGGAUAUGCUGCUUCCUGGAGAUGACCCCCACAUUUCAGUUCAGUUUAGAGGAGGCCCGCAGAAGUAUGAAGUGACCAGCUGGCUCCAGAUCCAAGCUGUGCGGAUGACCGAUGAGGGAACUUACCAGUGCUUUGCAAGAAAUAACAUUGGACAUGUGGCAGCUCCUGCUAGCCUCAUAGUUCUCACUCCUGAUCAGCUGAACAUGACGAAGUUAGCCUUACCCUUACCCAACCUAGGAUUGGAGGAUGGUAUGGAAAGUGAUGAGUCUUAUGAUUAUUACUGAUAGCAUCUAUGAGGGUGGGGAGCUGUCAGAAUGCUGAAACAUUUGCAUCCUUUCCCACUUGAUCAUGUGUAUGCUCACCAACUGUAUUCCUAGACUUCUAAGGAAACCAGUACUAAACAUUUGUGAUGUAUUUAAAGAAGUGAGCUGAAGAUCUAUGAUUAGUUUUGAUAUAAAUUCAUUUUGGAAGGGGAGAGAUAAAUGUAUUUAUUCUUUUAAUCCACUCGUUUGCUUGAUAAAGGAGACAGCAAGGUAAUGGGAUGGGGAAAAUACUGCAUUUAACUGAGUUUAGAACAAAUGGACAUUAAAAGGCAUU